CUCUCUCCGUCUCACUGCAUCUGCACUUUUGUUUCUCUAUUCUCAGUCUUAUUUUUUGGGGGCUUUGAAUUGAGAAGAUCGUUGCCGCGAGGGCAACGACAGCAACGAGACAAGGCGAGGCGAGAAGCGAUGCUUCUCGAGCCGCUCACCUACCUCGUCGGGCUCCUUGCCGUGUUGGCGCUGCUGCUCUGCAUCGCCGCGGGCCUCCUUGGGCUCUGCAACUGGAUCGAGGAGCGUCCCUCGGCCGCGCUCGUCGUCUCGCGCCGCCUCACCUUGGUCGUCGCCGUCCUCCAGCUUCUCCUUGCGGCCCUGGAUGGACUCCCGUGGGCGUACGCUGCGCUGAUGCUCCUCAGCAAUGCGCUCCACCUCCUCCAUCUGCACCCUCAUCGGCCCCGACAUGCGCAGGCGCAGGCGCCCGCGGCAUCGGUCUGGCGCGCGAUUCGCGCCGCGCAGUUUCUCCUGCCCCUCGUCGCACACGCCGUCCUGCUCGCCUACCUCCGACCCGCGAGCGUGCAGACGCACCAGUCGCUCCGCGCCUCGUCGCACUGGCCGGGCGGACGAAAAGACUGGGACGCAUACAGCGACGACAACGACGACGACGACGACGACGGACACGGCAGCGCAGUCGUGAAGUCAGAUGCGGCCGACGCGGCGCACAGGCGGCAAUACACGACGGGCCAGGCGCUGGCGCUCAUGGCGCUCCAUUGGGUGCCGACGCUCUGGGCGCUGCUGGGCUACGUCGCACGGACAUGGUCCUUGCCGAUGGCUUCUUCCGCUUCGUCGGCGAAGAGCGCGGACACGAGGCUGAGAUACAAAAAGAGCACCAGCAUCGACGGUGAAUGAUAGAGAAAGGACCCAAUACAAGUACAAUUACAAGCAUCUAAGUGACAUGAUCUU